ACCCUUCUCAUUUCUCUUUCCCUCUCGUCCCACCUUCCUCAUUUUCUCUCUCUACACUCUGCCUCUUCUUUUUUUCCUCUCUCUCUACACACGCCUAAUCUGCUGUUAUUUAUCGUUGCUGUCAUUAUUUUGCCUUCAACCAAACACACCUUUAUUCUCUCUCUAGUGUGCAAGCAAACAGUUUGAAUCGAAACCAACACAAUCUUUAGCUUUACUUUUCGUGUCCCCCUAUCUGCUGAAAGUUAGAAGUAUUUUCUUUUUAAUAAUAGUUAAUUAUUGUUAUUAUACAUGGGACAAGACCCCCAAGAUAAUAGCAAAAAGCGGGCCCGGGAAGAUAAGUCCGCGGACUCGUCCGACCAUAAACUCGCCCGAGUUGACUCAUAUAACCCGGUGUUUAACAGUGAUAAUGCUGACUCUGGCGUUAACUCUCCUGACGCCAAGCGCAUCCAGGAUGAUUUGUUUAGCAUUCUUGAUGAGUCAGAUGAACCGAUGAUUCAAGGUCUUGACUCGGUGAUUAAAAGUUUUGAAGAGGAAAUACUCGUUCCGGUCAUUGAUAACGACACGGUGGAUACUUCCGGUUGCCGCAGUGGUUCGCAGCCGGAUCUCGGUUAUCUGCUCGAGGCAUCCGACGACGAGCUCGGCUUGCCGCCGACGUUUCCCGGCGAGGAAGAGAAGGUUAAUCCUGUUAAUUUGGCUGGGGAAAGGAAGGCAGAAACAGAUAUGGCCGGAUCUGGCGCGGACGGUAGUCUCGGAGAAAUUUUAGGAUUUGAGAAUGAGAUAUCGAGCUAUGACGCGUUUGAGUUUGGAUUCGGUGGUGAUCCGGUUAACAUUAGCUAUAAUGACAGUGGCGAUUUUGUGGCGUUAGGCGGUUUGUUUGAUUAUUCGGAUGAAAAUUAUGUUCCGUCGGACAUAUCGGGUGUGCAGUGGCAGCCCGAGUCGUUGUCUGCCUUGUAGAAAGGAUAAAAGGAAAAAAAGAAUAGAAUAGAAACGGAACGUUUCGUACUUUUUGACGGUUAUGAGACGUUUCAUUUGAAAUUCGUUGUCUAUAGUAGGCUGUAAAUUCAGAAGACAGGAAAGUAAAAGCAGAAAAAAUAUUAAUGUUUAUCUA